CUUAAUCGUUGCGAUAUGUAUAUAUGUUCAGCUCGAAAAUGAAUUGCGACGUCGAAAUCCAGACUCGAGAAGCUGCUCCGUAUUUUCUGCGUUUUCGGCUCGCUGAGGACGAGUUUCGUGCGCGAAUCGUUGUCGGAAGUGCCGAAGUGACAUGCAUCCGGUUUGCUCGACUGAUCUGCCCAUUGGAGUGGAAAUCUCUGAGAAAUUGAUGAAUAAUGAAAUCCCUGGAGAUUCGAUCUGGCGGAGCUUGCGGCCGCACCGUGGAGGCAGUUGCAGUUCCGGUGGAUGCUGAUGCCGCACCGGAGGAUCUGGUUCGGGCAGAGCUGGGUCGGCUUGAAGAUUUGGAUACAGUGCGACGUGGCCGACCCUGACUUCGGACGGAGGCUGGACAUUGGAGGAGUUCCGGAUGCGGAGCGACGCGAUCGCAGGGAUACAGCGACGGAGUUCGCCGGUGACUGGACUUGUCUGCGCAUCGGUUGGUUUACACAUGAGAUGGUGAGUGUGAAAUUUCAACGCUCCCAAAGCAUUAUCAUGUAACGUAAUGCAUGCUGCAAAACGCUUUGAUUUCCAACGAAAAAAAUAGAGGUGGUGGUUUAUUGUUUUCAAAAUUGUAUAAUUUUACAUCUCUCAGAGAAUCAUGUGUGAAAUAAUUAUGUUAUCUCCGAUUGACUAGAUCCGGAUUAUGUUAUCUGGAUGAUUAACACUUAACUAUUUGGACACUUGUCCUGAUACAAUCAUUUUCUUGGAUAUUCUUAUUUACAUUUAUGAAGCAUAGAGAAAUGGAAAAAUUGUUAUUACACUGAGAAGAAAUA